UCAGUGUCCACCGCGCAUGCGCGACACAUAAGCGCGCGGUACGUAACUAAACAUGAAAGAUCGCUCAAGUGCGCUGUUUGAAACAUGAUUUAACCGUGUUUUGCUGUCAGAUUAAUUAUUUUAAUUAUUCGGCGUGAGAUCGGAUUUAUUUGGUCUUACUAUGGAUCUGCUGGUUUGCUAAUAAUCGAUUGAAAGGAAGAACGAUUCAGACUCGUGCGGGAUGCAGCUGCGGUGUGACGUGGAGGUGGUGAGCCGGUGGUUACCGUCGGUCGGUGUGAGGAGUAAGGGCCGGUCCAGCCGCGCGGUUCUGUCCCUCGGGAGGCUCGCGGAGCGCGGCGUGUUUCUGCUCAUCUGCACCGCCAGACACCGCCGCGGAGCGCGAUACAAGCUGCAGCAGAACAUCGAGAAGUUCUUCACCAGGUUCGUGGAAGAAGGCAAAGCCACGGUUCGGCUGAAGGAGCCUGCGAUUGACAUCUGUCUGAGUAAAGCGGACAUCAGCAGCUUGAAGAGCUUCCUCUCCGCCGCUCGGCUGGCACACAGAGGAAGUGACACGGACUCGCUCCCCCUGUCGGCCCUCGGCCCGGCCCGCACCCGCGAUGUGGAGAAACCCAAGAAGAAGCUCAGCAUUCUGACCAAGAAGGACUACCCGCUCACGUCCAGCUUCCCGUACUCUCUGGAGCAGCUGCAGGUGUCGUACUGCAGACUGACCCGUGUGGACCUGCGCAUGCUGUCACUCAGAGUCCUGCGCCGGCUGGACCUCAGCAACAACCACAUCAAGAAGCUGCCCUCCACCAUCGGUGACCUGAGCUGCCUCGCAGAGCUGAUUCUCCACAACAACCAGCUGGAGAGCUUCGGCGACGGCCUGUGCUCCUCGACCCUGCAGACGUCUCUCCAGCAUCUGGACCUGAGUCAGAACCAGCUGAAGGUCCUGCCCGCUCGCUUCUGUCAGCUGCAGCAGCUGGUCAACCUCAAACUGGACCAGAACAAGCUCCUGUGGCUGCCUUUCCACAUCGGCCGGCUCUCCAAGCUGCGCUUCCUGUCCGCCGCUCACAACCAGCUCACCGUACUUCCUGCCAGCUUCAGAAAGCUGUGCCUGGAGAACCUGGACCUGUUUGGAAACCGGUUCGCUCAAGCCAGCGCUCUGGAGCACACCAAACGCUGCACUAACAUGACGCUUACAUUUCCAUUGUUGUUGAACAGAGUCCCACACGGCCCUCACGUCGUGCCGCUGCACCUGUGUCACCAGCUGGACUUCUCUAAAGCCUGCGACUGCGGCCGGGUCUGUGUGGACUCCUUCAUCCAGACGGCCGUCAGCAUCAACCUGCACCUCGUGGCUCACACCGUGGUGUUAGUGGACAACAUGGGCGGCACCGAGGCUCCGGUGCAGAAGCACUUCUGCUCGCUGCUGUGUUACUGUGAGUUCAUGGACGGCUGCGUGCAGCGUGACCUCAGAUGACCUCUCGCUGACCGUCUGUACGAGCGCUGCUCGCUGUUUCAGUGUUUGUUCUGUUUUAGCUCGAUGUUUAAGGGUUUGUUCACUGGACAAAGACCUUUAAACUCCAGCGUCGCAACAUAUGUUUUGUAAAAUAAAAACUCAUUAAAAACAGAAGUUUGAGCUGCCAAAGAAAAAUGAUUUGAUGAUUUCACAUCACAGGCUUCUGUAUUUCACUGUAUUUGUUCAGUUUCCUUUAUUUCAAUCAAGCUUUUUCAUUUUUACUCCAAAAGGUCAGUCUUUGUUUUAAGUUCAUUUCUGAACAAAACUAAAAGGGGUUUUAUUUUACUCUACAUUUAAACAUUAAACUUGUGUCUCUGAACUAAAA